AGCCCCCGCUGCCGCCGCCGCCGCGCGCCGCUGCCGCGCGCCGCUCGGGGCUGAGCCGGGUUCCAAGCGCCUUGGCCCGUUCCCUCCCUCCUUGCCUGCCUCUCGCCUGGGCCUGGCACCGGGAGCUCGCCUUUGCCGGGACCCCCGAGGGAAAAAAGGAGGCGGAUCAAGAAGGGGGAGUGUGUCCCGAUCUCAGCCAUGGCGGGCUGAGAGAGUUUCCUGCCCGGCCGCAGGCAAGGAGGGAAGCCCUUGCAGCAGCGCCUUCUUUCUUCUUUGCUGGCUCGCUGGCUGGGCCGUUUCCCGCCCCGAUGGAGCCCGGGCUGCCCCCCGGCCAUGCCUAGGGACGCGGGGGACGGGCAGCUGCCCUUGCCCGACGGCUGGGAGGAGGCCCGUGACUACGACGGCAAGGUCUUCUUCAUCGACCACAACACCAAGCAGACCAGCUGGAUCGACCCCCGGGACAGGUUAACAAAGCCAUUAUCCUUUGCAGACUGUGUUGGAGAUGAGCUACCAUGGGGAUGGGAAGAUGCAUAUGAUCCUCAGAUUGGUGUCUACUAUAUCGACCACAUAAACCAGACCACACAAAUAGAAGAUCCAAGGAAACAAUGGCGACAAGAACAAGAAAAGAUGCUAAAAGAUUACCUUACAGUAGCACAGGAUGCACUCAACACUCAAAAGGAACUGUACCAUGUGAAAGAACAGAGGCUGGCACUUGCAUUGGAUGAAUAUGUACGAUUGAAUGAUGCCUACAAGGAGAAGUCUAGCUCUCGUACAAGCUUAUUCUCAAGCUCUUCUUCCAGCACUAAGUAUGACCCUGAUAUCCUGAAAGCAGAAAUUUCUACUACAAGAUUAAGGGUUAAAAAACUGAAGAGGGAGCUCUCACAGAUGAAGCAAGAAUUACUAUAUAAGGAGCAAGGCUAUGAAACAUUGCAACAAAUUGACCAAAAAAUGUCCGGAGGCCAGAGUGGUUAUGAACUAAGUGAAGCCAAAGCCAUUGUGAAUGAAUUGAAAUCUAUCAGAAAGGCUAUAAGCUCUGGUGAGAAAGAGAAGCAAGAUUUAAUGCAGAGUCUUGUGAAGUUGCGGGAGAGGUUCCUCUUAGACCAAACUAUUCACAGGUCAUCAGAACCAGAUAUGAAGUGCAGCCAAGUCCACUCUCAUCUUUCUCUCUCGCGACAAACUUUGGAUGCAGGGUCUCAGACGGACAUUUCUGGUGAGGUUGAUGUCAGAAACAUGUCCAAUUUAGCUGAAAAGGUCAAACUGAGUCUUCAGUAUGAAGAUGCCAAAAGAAGGAUGGCAAACUUAAAGAUUGAGCUGUCUAAGUUAGAUAGUGAAGCUUGGCCAGGAGCACUGGAUAUUGAGAAGGAAAAGUUGAUGCUGAUUAAUGAAAAAGAAGAGCUUCUGAAAGAGCUUCAAUUUGUCACCCCUUGCAAACGCUCUCAAGAUGAAUUGAAGCAUCUGGAAAUGGAAAGGAAGAGACUGGAAGAGGAACUAUCUGUGAAAAACACACCAAGUGAUGAACUUACAGAAAGGUUAAAGCUGGAAGAAAGAAGAAGCAAAUUAGUUCAAAAACUUCAAGAAACUAGUAAAGAAACAACCAAUUUGCAUUUGCAGCUGAAGAGUCUCUCUGCCAGUACAUUAUCUGUCUCUUCAGGGAGCAGCCUGGGAUCCCUGGCGUCCAGUCAGGGGUCCCUAAACACAUCCAGCCGGGGAUCACUUAAUUCACUUAGCUCUACAGAUCUGUAUUAUAACCAAGUGGAUCAGCCUACAGACUUAGACUAUCAAUAUAAGCUGGACUUCUUAUUACAAGAGAAAUGUGGUUACAUUCCUUCGGGCCCCAUCACCACAAUUCAUGAAAACGAAGUCGUGAGUUCGCAUGGGAGAAUGGAAUACAGUGGUUCUUCUGGCUCUUUGGCUGCAAGCCAUGCUCCCAAAUUAACUGAACCCCCAAAAUCUGUGACAUCCCUGUCUUCAAGAUCUUCCCUUUCCUCCUUGUCUCCUCCUGGAUCACCUUUGGCUUUGGAAGGCACGUUCUCAGUGCCUCCUCAAGACUCCCCAUUGCAUCACCUCACCACAGAUUUCGAAGACUGUGAUUUACCCAGUGACUUUGCCAGCAUUAGCCUCUGUGGCAACCAAAUCUUGGACUCGGAAGCCAGAGUAUCCUCUCAGUCACUGGCGGAUGAUAAAGACCUCAAUGAAAGUCUUAACCAGACCAUCUCACCUCCGAGAAAUACAGGUGUUGACUUGCCAAGAAGAGUGAGUCACCUGCUUGAGGAGAAGGCUGGAUGUGUAUCUGCUGCAGUAUCUGAUGAAUCUGUCGCGGGAGACAGCGGUGUAUAUGAAGCUUCUGUAAAACAACCAAAUGAUGGUGAAGAAGUUGCAUAUAGUGAAGAUGAUACCACAGUUCUAGAGACAGCUCAAGUGCAAAUAGGACUCAGAUAUGAUACAACCAGCUCGAGUUUUGUGAUCAUUGUGGUUCGGUUACAAAAUCUUCAUGCCCUUUCUGUGUCACCUGGCUCCAAAGUGUAUUUUAGAGUUGCAGUUCUUCCAUCUUCGGCUGACAUCAGCUGUCUGUUCCGUACGAAGGUCUAUUCUGCUGCUGAAACUAUUUUAUUUAGUGAGAUGUUCAGAGUAUCUAUUUCCCAGGCAUCUUUGCAUCAAAAAACUUUGAGAGUGGAUGUCUGCUCCGUCAGUAAAACUCGUCGGGAAGAAUGCCUAGCUGGAACUCAGAUAAGCCUGGCAGACUUGUCACUUUCAAAUGAGACUUCUACUUUGUGGUAUAAUUUGCUCGCUUACAAGCAGAUUCAUGGCAAAAAGAAGCCAAAGGAAGAUCCUGUGUUUGUACCAAACAGUGAAUCAUCUGACUCCUUGGACUUGGAUGCUGUGUCAGCACUACUAGAAAGAACAUCAGCUGAGCUGCAGGCUGUAGAACAAGAAUUGGCAAAGGAGGAAGAGGAGGAAGAGGAAGAGGAGGAGGAAGAAGAAGAAAAGGAUGCACAAGACCUCCAGAAUGUUGAGGAAGACUGGCUAGGAAUACAUGCAGAGGCAUCCAAUGCCAUUGUGACAGAGGAGGAGGGUGCUGUUAAAAAUGCAGAGGAAAUUGGAGAUGCAGAUUCCUCUACUGAAUUGGUGGAGACAGAAGAAAUCAAGGACGAGGAGGACAGCAGUUGUACACAUGUGGAUCCCAAUGAAGAAAUUGCAGCAUUGCCGACACUGGUUGAUAAGGAGACAAACACAGAUGAGAGGACCGAGAGUGUGGCUGUGCGGCCCAAGGACAGAACCAGCCUAAAGUCUCAACAGCAUCCUUUUGUCAGGAACAGCAUGAUCGUGCGUUCACAAACCUUCUCUCCAGGAGAGCGGAACCAGUACAUCUGCAGGUUGAAUCGAAGUGAUAGUGACAGCUCAACAUUGGCCAAAAAGUCUCUCUUUGUGAGAAAUGCCACAGAGCGGAGGAGCUUGAGAGUUAAAAGGCCUGCUUGCCAGCCCAGUAUGCGGCGAGCGACUCGGGAGCACCUUGUCCGCACCUCUCUUGACUUGGAGCUGGAUCUCCAGGCUUCUCGGACACGGCAGAGUCGCCUGGAUGAUGAGCUACAGAUGCUUCGCGAUCUUAAGCAGAGGCUCGAGGAGAUGAAAGCCAGGGGAAAGACCGAGCUUCCUCCCUGUGUUUUAGAGGAUGAAAGAUUCCAAAAGCUCUUGAAACAAGCUGAAAAACAGGCUGAACAAUCAAAGGAGGAAAAGAAAAGGGGUUUAAGUGCGGAAAAAUUGAUGAGGAAAGCUUCGAAGGAUGUGUGUCGGUUGCGAGAGCAGAGUCAGAAAGUGCCGCUGCAGGUGCAGUCAUUCAGGGAGAAGAUUGCAUACUUCACAAGAGCAAAGAUCAGCAUCCCAUCUCUGCCAGCUGAUGAUGUCUAAUUUUGUUUUCUACCACAAUAUGUUUUCUACUUGUUCAUCUGUUCUUUUUUAAAAGAUUACCAUUUUUAUAGUUCUAGUUUUUUUAAAAAUGUUCUCUUUUACAUCGAACUGCAGGUAUUUGUCUGUAAAACUAAACUCCACAAUACAGUGUGCUUGUAUGCAUGCACACAUAACAUGUCUUAAAGACAGGGAAAGCCCUUCUCUUUUCUGCCUACUUUAAUCUUUCAUUACCAGAAAACCAAAGUAGUAUUUUUCUGGUAUUCCAAUGCUAAUUUUGUACAGUUGUAUGUAUUACGGAUAUGCUACUAUUUUGUAAAGAUGGAUCUAAGGAACAAAGGCAGUACCUUAUGUGUAUAUCCUGUUGAACUGCACUGCGUCGAGAAAUAUUACGUUCAGCAGGAAGUUUCAUUUCUCCCUUCUUUUUUUUCACAAGAGCAGACUGUGAAAAUGGCUGUUAGGCCAUGCAAUAUUUUUGUACAAAGUGUGUUGGGGUUUUCUUUUUUAAACAAAGCUAGCUAGCAACAAACUCAAGUCUUCUUCCAAAACAGCAAGGCUGCCUCAUGCAAACAGGUGCUGUUUAGAUUUCUGUCUCGUACAUUGGAACUUUGUACUCGGAACCCAUUUUUCUUUUCUUAUGUCUUGUUACAAGAGGCAUGGGAUACUAGCUGAAGGAGUAUAACUUUGUGAAUGUAUUGGAUUUGGGGCUCUGUUGAGGUUAUCGAGUCUCCUUGCGUUUAAACUCUGAAAGAGGCAGUGAGGGACUAACCCUGAAAUGUGUUUAAACUGAAACUACCCAAAGGCAGCUGUUUUCUGAAAUUACACUCAGGUUCACACCCAAAGUACUCAAACCUGAGUCGUCAAAUACUGAAAUACAAAGCUAGCGUAUUAAUAUAGCAUUGUAUAUUGAGUACCGCAGCUAGUAGCCUGUAGGAGAAUCAGUUUUAUAGAGCCCAUACGAACCCAUGCAGUUUUCAGAGGAAUAGUACUUAGACUGAUGAAUUUCCUAAGAACCAAAUAUCUAUUGUUAAUAUAGAAAUCCCUUCCGAGAAAAUCCCAAGAUUUGGAGCACUUAAAAUGACGUAUGAAUAGGAUAAAGAUUGAAAAGUAGAAUAAAGAAUAAAGUAAAUGAUGUAGGUCAGUUCCUAAAUUAAUUGUGGCACAGUAUCUCUGAAGUUUCUUUAAACAGAAUUUGUGUUGACGAAAAGUAAAAGACGAUAUGAAUGUGUUUGUCAGAAUUUGAAUUGGAAACGAAAUGUUCUGUAUCCUUAGCAUGUAAUAGAGGUUGAACUGAGUGUUAUCUGGCAGUAAGUAGCUGAUUAGAUCUGAUGUCAUCAUAAUGGGACUUAUGGGACAAAGCAGUCAUCACUUUGCCAUUAGAUUAACUGCCUUUGCAAUGUUACAAGAGAAACUUGGCAACCCAGAUCUAGGCGCUUGAUGGCUAAGAGAGCCUCGGAGAUCCAGAAGUGGUGGGCAAAAUUCGCUAAAUUGUGGCUGCAUUCAAUAUGGUAUACAUUUAUAGGAUCACUCAACAAUCUUUCCACAUAUUAUGUAUAGUGGCAUCAUGCGAGUUGGUGGAACAAUUUUGGAGCCUUUUGAUGAGCACAAGAAGUUAUCCUGUCUUCUUUCGUAUGUGAUACAUAUCUACAAAUACGUAUUACAUGUGAAAUCCAGCAAGAAAACAAAGAGUUGAGCUCCUUGAACACUGUCCACUAUGCAACGUAUCAAAUGUUGGCAUAUUGUAUUUUAUUUUCUGAGAAUGUUAAUAGACUUCUUGAAAGAUUAGACGACUAUAACAAGAAUGUGUUGAUUGCCAUCUUUAGAAUUGUGCCUUAAAUUUGUUUUUUCUAAAUCUCUCCCAAGUGUUCUCUUAUUAUGCACACGUCUGUAUUACUGUUCAGGUCCUUUAAGCAUUAUAACAAAUCUUGAGAUAGUUAACUAACUGAGAUUUCAUGGAGUCCACCUUAUUGUUCUAUCCAUGUUUUAGAAGUGAUUUAGACACAUGCAUACUUUCAUUUUGCUGAGGUCAAUCUCUAAAAGCUAAAGUUUCAAGAUUAUUUAAUAUAGAGAUGAAGGUUGACCGUUUCAACUUCUCAGUUUGACAAUAUUAAUAUGUUUGUAGAAUUAUGUAUAGAGUUGUACCUUGCGAUUUAUUUAUUUUCAGUCUUAUUUAUGUACUUCUUAAUAUAGUUCAGUUCUGUUCAUUUAAUGAUUGCGGGUGAAAAAAAAGCUUCUGUGAGAAAUGUAUGCAGCUGUGUUUGCAGAUAGACACACAGUCAAUGAAAUUCAGAGGAGACUAGAAAGGAUUCUUUGGUUGCUUAUUUAUAAAAUAAGAGAACUCUUCCAUGCAUUAAUACAUUCUCUCACAGAGACCACAGUAAUAUCAAUUCAUGUUUAGGAGUACAUUUUGAAUACAAGUGGUUUGGCUGUUCUACUCAUCCAGUUUUUUUGUGUGUCAGGUGCGACUUGAGAAACUGCAAGUUGUUUCUGGUGUGAGAGAAUUGGCCGUCUGCAAGGAUGUUGCCCAGGGGACGCCCGUAUAUUUUGAUGUUUUACCAUCCUUGUGGGAGGCUUCUCUCAUGUCCCUGCAUGGGGAGCUGGAGCUGACAGAGGGAGCUCAUCCACACUCUCCCUGGAUUCGAACCAGCAGCCUAAACGUCAGCAACUCAACCCUCAGGUCAGCAGUCCUGCUGACACAAGUGUAUAAUCCACUGCGCCAUCAGGGGCUCCUAUUCAUCCAGUUUAUUUGUGUUUAUUAUACAACGGUGAUGCAGCAUCCUUGGAAAAUGCAAAUAUGGGCAAAUGACAGUCAAGUUUCAUGCAUACAGAUAUAACAUUUAUCAUUGGUUUUAGCCUUCACAAGAUUGAACAAAAAGUAUAAAUGUAAUAAUCCUCAUAUUUUCUCUAUCAGUAUGUUAGUACAGUUCUGUAUAUCAAAUCCUAAGUAUUACAGGUACAAGACAAUAUUAUUAUUUAGCCAAAUGAACAAAGUAUAGUAAACUGUUUAUAGGCUGAAAAUCAAAUCAAUGCUUUUUAUCUAAUUUUUACAUUUUAAGUAUAAAAUGCUCAGGACUGAACUAAAUAUUUAAUCAGGUUAUAUUACAAAUGUCUUUCUAUCCUAAUACUGUCUUGUUAAUGUACACAUGUACAUCACCUAGAUCAACUUUCAUCUCUGCACUUUUCAUUUGUUUCAGUGAUUUGGAAAAAAAUACAGUUUUUUUUUUAACAAA